UGGGAGCCCACGUGGGCUGGGCUUUGGGGUGUACUGCCGGUGACCCCCGCCAGAGCCGAAAGUGAGCAGGACGCCAUGGGGAAGCUGCGCCGGCGGUACAACGUCAGGGGGCGCCAGCAGGUGGCCCCCGGCCCCUCGAAGGGCGCCCCCGAGCCGCCCCCCGUGCGGCUGGAGCUAGAGGAUAAGGGCACGUGGAAAGGAGUUGAUGCAAGCAACGCGCUCGUUCUGCCUGGGAAGAAGAAAAAGAAGACCAAGGCCCCUCCCCUGUCAAAGAAGGAGAAGAAGCCUCUGACCAAGAAAGAGCGGAAAACACUGCAGAAAAUCUUAGAACAGAAGGAGAAAAAGGGCCAGCGAGCAGAGAUGCUGCAGAAACUGAGUGAGGUCCAGGUGUCGGAAGCCGAGAUGAAGCUCUUCUACACCACGUCCAAGCUGGGCACGGGGGCCCGCAUGUACCACACCAAAGAGAAGUCUGACGAGGUCGCAGCCCAGGGUCAGGAGAAGAUCAGCAGCCUCAGCGGGGCCCACCGGAAGCGCCGCCGCCAGGAGGCAGAGGAGGAGGAGUCUGAGUCCUCCAUGGAGUCUGAGCCCGAGGUGGCCCCGGGCACUGAGUGGGUGGAGGCUGGUGCAGGGACAAUGGCAUCAGCUGCCAGCUCCACUGGGGGCCGGGGCGAGAGCCCAGCGCCCAGUAGUCAGCCGUCUCCAGCCAGGACUCCUGCGGCUCCUCCGGCAGCAGCCCCCGCCCUGGCCAGGCCCCCCUCGAAGCCUGCCGUCUUCAUCCCCGUGAACCGCUCCCCCGAAAUGCAGGCAGAACGGCUAAAGCUCCCAAUUCUCUCCGAAGAACAAGUGAUCAUGGAGGCGGUGGCCGAGCACCCCAUCGUCAUUGUGUGUGGUGAGACCGGCAGCGGGAAGACCACGCAGGUGCCCCAGUUUCUCUACGAAGCAGGCUACAGCAGCGACAACAGCAUCAUCGGCGUCACAGAGCCCCGCCGUGUGGCUGCGGUGGCCAUGUCCCAGCGAGUGGCCAAGGAGAUGAAUCUGUCGCAGAGGGUUGUCUCCUACCAGAUCCGAUACGAAGGAAAUGUGACCGAGGAGACCAGAAUCAAGUUCAUGACGGACGGCGUGCUGCUCAAGGAAAUCCAGAAGGACUUCCUGCUGCUGAAGUACAAGGUGGUGAUCCUCGAUGAAGCCCACGAGAGGAGUGUGUACACGGACAUCCUCAUCGGCCUCUUGUCCCGCAUUGUGACCCUCCGAGCGAAGAGGCACCUGCCGCUGAAGCUGCUCAUCAUGUCGGCCACACUGCGGGUGGAGGACUUCACCCAGAACCCGCGGCUCUUUGCCACGCCGCCUCCUGUCAUCAAGGUCGAGUCCCGGCAGUUCCCGGUGACGGUUCACUUUAACAAGCGGACUCCGCUGGAAGACUACAGCGGGGAGUGCUUCCGGAAGGUCUGCAAGAUCCACCGGAUGUUGCCCGCAGGCGGCAUCCUGGUGUUCCUGACGGGGCAGGCAGAGGUACACGCCCUGUGCCGCAGGCUGAGGAGAGCCUUCCCACACCCCAGACCCAGGCCACCAGAAAAGGAAGAUCAGAAAGAUUCGGUAGAAGAAGUGCGGAAGUUUAAGAAGUCGAGGGCGAGGGUGAAGAAGGCCCAGGCAGUGGCGUUGCCCCAGAUCAGUUUGGACAGUUACUCCGUGUUGCCCGCGGGUGAAGGCGACGAGGACAGGGCAGCGGAAAUGGACGACGAGGAGGCAGCCCUGGGCUCCGACCUCGACCUGGACCUGGGAGACGACAGAGACGAUGGAGCGGACGGAGGUGAGCAGCCGGACGCCUCCUUGCCCCUCCACGUGCUCCCUCUCUACUCUUUGCUGGCCCCGGAGAAGCAAGCGCAGGUCUUCAAACCUCCCCCAGAGGGGACGCGGCUGUGCGUCGUGGCCACCAACGUGGCCGAGACGUCCCUCACCAUCCCGGGCAUCAAGUACGUGGUGGACUGCGGGAAGGUCAAGAAGCGGCACUACGACCGUGUCACCGGCGUGUCCUCCUUCCGCGUCACCUGGGUCUCCCAGGCCUCAGCCGACCAGCGGGCGGGCCGCGCGGGCAGGACAGAGCCCGGCCACUGCUACAGGCUCUAUUCGUCUGCGGUUUUUGGUGACUUUGAGCAGUUUCCUCCUCCCGAAAUCACCCGGAGGCCCGUUGAAGACUUGAUCCUUCAGAUGAAAGCUCUCAACAUUGAAAAGGUCAUCAACUUCCCCUUCCCCACCCCUCCCUCCGUGGAGUCCCUCAUUGCCGCCGAGGAGCUGUUGAUCGCGCUGGGUGCCCUGCAGGCGCCCCGGAAAGCGGAGAGGGUGAAGCAGCUGCAGACGUCCCGGCUGAGCUGCCCCAUCACCGAGCUGGGCAAGACCAUGGCCACGUUCCCCGUGGCGCCCCGCUAUGCCAAGAUGCUAGCACUAAGCAGGCAACACGGCUGCCUCCCCUACGCCAUCACCAUCGUGGCCGCCAUGACAGUCCGGGAGCUGUUCGAGGAGCUGGACAGACCAGCCGCCAGCGAGGAGGAGCUGGCCAAGCUGAAGGGCAGGCGGGCCCGGGUGGCCCAGAUGAAGAGGAUCUGGGCUGGGCAAGGCGCUUCUCUGAAACUCGGGGACCUGAUGGUGCUGCUGGGUGCCGUGGGAGCCUGUGAGUUUGCCGGCUGCUCACCCCAGUUCUGCGAGGCCAACGGGCUGCGGUACAAGGCCAUGAUGGAGGUCCGGCGCCUGCGGGGCCAGCUGACCACUGCAGUCAAUGCUGUGUGCCCUGAGGCCGGGCUCUUUGUGGACCCCAAGAUGCAGCCGCCUUCCGAGAGCCAGGUGACCUACCUGCGGCAGAUCGUGACGGCCGGCCUGGGUGACCACCUGGCCCGCAGGGUCCAGAGCGAGGAUCUGUUGGACGACAAGUGGAGGAACGCCUACAAGACGCCUCUCCUCGAUGACCCCGUCUUCAUCCACCCCAGUUCCGUCCUUUUCAGAGAGCUCCCCGAGUUUGUUGUCUACCAGGAAAUUGUGGAGACCACCAAGAUGUACAUGAAAGGCAUCUCGACCGUGGAGGCCCAGUGGGUUCCAGUCCUGCUGCCCUCUUACUGCCAGUUCGACAAGCCGCUGGAGGAGCCGCCCCCCGCCUACUGCCCCGAGAAGGGGCGGGUGCUGUGUCACCGGGCCAGUGUCUUCUAUCGCGUCGGCUGGCCACUGCCCGUGGUCCAGGUGGAUUUUCCAGAAGGCGUUGACUGCUACAAGCACUUUGCCCGGGUUCUGCUGGAAGGGCAGGUCUUCCCCAAGCUGGCCUCAUACCAGGGCUGUUUGCUGUCCAGCCCCAGCACGAUGCUGAAGACGUGGGCCAGGCUCCAGCCCAGGACAGAGAGUCUUCUGAGAGCCCUUGUUGCCGAGAAAGCUGACUGCCGGGACGCCUUGCUGGCUGCUUGGAAGAAAAACCCCAAAUACCUGCUGGCCGAGUACUGCGAGUGGCUCCCGCAGGCUGUGCACGCCGACGUGGAGAAAGCCUGGCCCCCAGCCUCGGACCGCUGACCCGAUGCCUGGCUGCAGGCCUGAGGACUGCUCUGGAGACCAAGGGGGCUGGCAGCGGCCGGU